AUGGGUCUUAUAAAGCUCCUCCUCAAAGUGAUCAUUAUCCCAAUUGUUCUCCUUCUUGUUGUUACCGUCGCCGUGGUAUUUUACAUCAAGAUUCGUCGCGAAAAGAAACAGAAGCAACAAGAAGUCGAGGCCGGGUUUCACCCACCUCCUAUACAACAAUGGGUUCCUUACACUCCGGUUCAACAGCCCGCCCCUGUUUAUGCCAAAAGUCCCGAGGCAACGGAAUAUGGGAUUAGACAGCCAUGA